UAUUUACAUUUUUUUUUUGAAAUUAUCUUGGUUAAAUUAUUAGCUUCGAGAAUGGGGGUGGAUUGGGUUAAAUUCACUAGCGACGUGAAUAAUGUGGGCUGGGGUGGUGUCGAAUGGGUUCACAGGCGUCGAAAUUGGUGGUGGGGUGGGAUGGGAUGGGUUCAUAGGCGUUGGGUGGGGUUGGCCAGCGUGGAGGCUGAUGUCGGGGUUGGGUCCAAAUCGCCUCCAAUUUUAGACAUCAAUUACCUUCUCCUUUCUUCUCUUAAUACCCACCAAACUAACAAUACAGUUCGAUAUUUUUUUACAGAAGACGCUACUUAAUUUCAUUUCACAACAGCUGAAUUCUCCAGCUUAAACAUGUGAAGAUUGUCAUGAUUUUGGUGAAGAGAAUCAAGUUACACCAAUAAAUUUGCCGUCAUCUUUAUUGUGUAACCCGGCAUUGUCAUGGAGGCGGCGUUGAUGGGGAGGAUGUAAGGGUGAUUCCCUUUGGAGGAGAAGUUGAUGAUCCAUUGUAUUUAGAUUUACCGGAGCCUCCUCGAUGCAAAUCGGAGAGGAAGCCGUAUGUAACUCCCAUGAAAACCCUUGUAAAGAGAGCCAAGGAGGAAAGGGAAUUGAUGAGGUUGAAUCCUUGCCGAGUUCUUGAGCAUCCCCCUGAUAAUGGCCUUCUUGUUCCUGAGCUUGUGGAAGUGUCUAGACGAGUUUAUUGGGCACGAGAGUCUCUUCUCAUCGGCGUCUCAAAGCUCCUUUCCUUCAUACCUGUUCUCAGAUGCAGGUUCUGCUCAGAAAUUCAUAUUGGCCAUGUUGGGCAUGAAAUACGUACCUGUACUGGACCAAGGAGUGGUUUCCGCAGUGCUAUGCAUGAUUGGAAAAAAGGACGCUUAACUGAUGUAAUCUACUUUCCCAAAUGCUUCCACCUUAAUGACCGCGUUGGGAAACCAAGAGUUGUCCAUAAUGAGAGAUUUGAUGUCCCUCGUAUCUCUGCAAUAUUGGAACUCUGUAUACAAGCUGGUGUUAAUCUAGAACAGUAUCCUGUGAGGAGGAGAACAAAACCUGUCUACUGCAUUGAAGGAAGAAUCGUAGACUUCGAUCCUGAAAUGGAUGAGAGUAAUGCAAAUCAUGAUAAAGGUCAUAGUGAUGAUAAUCUCAAAAUAGAUUCUGGUUUCAUGACAGAAGUAGAAGAUAUGAAAGGUGAUUCUAUAAAAGACCUUAUUCAUCCAUUGGUACGACUGAAUCCUGAGAACGGAGGAAGCUUGAAAGAAUUGAGCAUUGGGACAAUGGCAUCUUGGUUUGAGAUGAUAUCAGGUGCACGAAAGAUCAUGGAGAAAUACUCAGUAUGGACGUGUGGUUACUGCCCUGAGGUUCAGGUGGGUACCAAAGGACACAAGCUGAGGAUGUGCAAAGCCAGUAGGCACCAGUCUCGUGAUGGUUUGCAUGCGUGGCAAGAGGCAACCAUAGAUGAUCUUGUGGGCCCCAACUAUGUCUGGCAUGCUCGAGAUCCUUCUGGCCCACCCUUGUGCAACAAUUUUAAAAGAUACUAUGGCAAGGCUCCAGCUGUGGUAGAGCUGUGUGUGCAGGCAGGUGCGCCUGUUCCAGAACAAUACCGAAGCAUGUUGAGAUUAGAUGUGGUUCUUCCUGAUAUUGAUGAGGUGGAUCUUGUUGUAUGAUGCUUGUUACAAAUAAAAUGUUCAUUGAUAUGUGAUGGUGAAACCUUUCUCAUAGUGAGCAAGUGGACAGAACAAUGGAAAUUUAGUGAUACCUUACUGAUUGCAUCGAUGAACUCACAUGGAUCAAACUAAAAAUGAAAAGCAGAGAACUAUUACUAAUGAGUUUAUUCCCUUGCUCUUAUUGUCAUGAUGUUCAUGACAUUGUGUCAAGCCAUCAACAUGGCUAGCUAGCCCAAGGAUUCCGGCUUGGGGUGCUUCAAUGCUACAACUUUGAAUAAUCGCAUUUGAUGGUCUAUUGUCAUUUCUUAAUAAAGAAGCUGAUCAAGCAUUGAAGCCUGGUAAAGUAUAUUGUUUUACAUUUGGAAUCAUACAUAUUUCCCUUUCAGGUUAUGCAGCUUUCCCUCUCUCCUAGUGGACAAAGAAAAGCUAACCAUUCAUCAUUGCCUCUGCUAGUGAGUCUGCAGGAAACUGUCCAUUAAAUCAACUCCUCAACAUUUGUCAAGCCAUGCCUUGGUUUUGUCUGAUCUUAAAUGUGGCUUUCACAAUAUUGAGUUUGAAUAGUGGCUGUGCUGAAGUCGCUCCAGCUUGUGCAAAAAUGAGGCUAACUGUCCACCUUGUUACAUUUCAGGAGCUAACUCCAAUGGCAUACGAAUUAUAACCAUAGACAAACAUCGCUCACUCAUCUGGAAGCCCUUGCUGCUGGAAGGAUGACUUGGUUUCCUAAUGAAGCUGUUGUGAUGCAGAAACAAGUAUGUUCUCGAAGUUUUGCACUCAUCAAACUGCACUAUGAACUUAUGAAGACUUGUUAUUGUUUGUAACCUAUACCUACACAGUAUUCAAUUCUGGUGUGCUUUGAGGAAUCACUUUCUGAAGCUCCCAUGAUCCGAAAAUUUUAUCAAUCCUGUAAAUUAGCCAUUGUCUGAGCUAGCUUUGUAAAAACUAAUGGGUCUAAAUUAAUAACUAUUGUCUAUAGUUUUGUUUUGGACUUUAA